AUGUGGAAACCUUUAAAAAGUGACACCCAAUACGCAAAUUUUAAAAUUUUAACCAGUUCUAGCGCAAGUGGUGUUACCGCUAGCGAUGAAUGUAUGGAUCUUUAUCAAGAACUCAAGCUAAAAAAAAAGUACAAAUAUAUUUUGUUCAAAAUUAAUGAUAGCAAAGGAAAUCCAGAAAUCGUUGUCGAUAGGGCAGAAGAAAAUGCUACUUAUGAAGAUUUCAAGAAUGUACUUGCUAACGAGUUAAAAGAAGAACCUCGCUACGCUGUUUUCGAUUUCGAUUAUGAAAAGCCUGGUGCAGGUCCACGUAAUAAGCUCGUCUUCUUUUCUUGGGUUCCUGAUAUGACUUCUAAUGUCAAGCUUAAAAUGCUUUACGCUUCAAGCAAGGAUGCUAUCCGCAAAAGACUUGACGGCAUUGGAGUCGAGGUACAGGGUACCGAUGCAGAAGAAAUUGAUUAUGCUACC